AUGAGUUUAGUUAAGCAAGUCAAGUUUGGCAACACCGGUCUAAAAAUCUCACCCAUUAUCGUGGGCUGUAUGUCGUACGGCUCCAGCAAAUGGUCGCCAUGGGUCAUGGAUAAUAAGGAAAAGGUGUUUGAGAUACUGAAGUACUGCUACGACCGCGGAAUCCGUACUUUCGAUACCGCGGAUGUGUAUAGUAACGGGAAAAGUGAACGGAUGUUGGGGGAGUUCUUGAAGCACUACAACAUCAACAGAGAAACAGUGGUUAUCCUCACCAAGGUUCGUUUCGCUGUGAAUGAGUCGAUGGAGCUUCCGCUCAGUACCUUGUACAAAAAGGACGACGCGACGGCCUUGGCCCUCGCCAACCAGGGUGGGUUGUCGCGCAAGCACAUAUUGGAUGGAGUGGCCAAGUCUGUGGAAAGAUUGGGAACAUAUAUCGACGUUUUGCAGAUCCACAGAAUGGACUACGAUACUCCGAUGGAGGAGACACUGAAGGCAUUGAAUGAUGUCAUCGAGAGAGGUGAUGUCAGGUACAUUGGUGGAUCCAGCAUGAAGGCUACUGAAUUUGUGGAGAUGCAAUACAUUGCCGAAAAGCACAAUUGGUUCAAGUUUUCCAGUUGGCAAUCGAAAUAUAACCUGGUAUACAGGGAGGAUGAGAGAGAGGUGAUUCCGUAUUCGAAGAAGCACAACAUUGCCCUAAUUCCAUGGUCCCCUAACAACAGGGGCCUACUGACCAGGCCAUUUGGAGAGACGACAGCAAGAUCUGACGCUGACCCUCGUUUGCAGCAGGUGACAGAGGAAGACAAAGAAAUUAUCAAGCGUAUUGAAAAGGUGGCAAAAGAUAAAGGCUUGACGAUGGCGCAGGUCUCUUCGGCAUGGGUCUUGAGUAAAGGUUGUUAUCCAAUUAUCGGGUUGAGCUCUGUCGAGCGUGUCAAAGAAGCAAUUGGUGCGCUUGACGUAACUUUUACUGAGGAGGAAAGUAAAUAUCUCGAAGAAUGCUACGCACCUAAGCCAGAGUUAUGA